AUGGGUUUCCCAUCCUUUGCGGCUUCAAACGCCGUGAUUUACGUCACUUAUGGCGCUUUCCUAAUCAUGGGAACUGGAAUCGCUUGGAAGAUGAGAAACCAGUCCAAGGCCGACUUUCUCUCAGGCAAUGGAACUCAGACGGCCUUCCCUCUGGCCCUCAACUUCAUCGCUUCCGCUCUCGGUUCCGGUAUUCUCUUCUCGUACCCCGAGCUGGCCACAAUCUCUGGUGUACAGGGCAUGAUGGUGUACGCUCUUGCAUCCGCACUACCUAUGCUCAUCUUUGGAUACCUUGGUCCCAUCAUCCGACGCCGAUGCCCCGAGGGCUUCGUCCUCACCGAGUGGACUCGACAGCGAUACGGCAUUAUUACUAUGCUGUACUUGAGCUUCAUGUCAAUGGUGACUCUGUUCCUAUACAUGGUCUCUGAGCUCUCGGCCAUCGGGCAGGUGGUUCAAGCCUUGACCGGCCUUGAUCCCCUCCCAGUCAUGAUUGUUCAGUGUGCCAUCACUACUAUCUAUACCUAUGUUGUUCAAGGUACUAUGGUCGUUGGUCUUGUCAUCAUCGCUGCCAUUACCAUUGGCGCCAAGACCGAGAUCCAGCGACCUCUGAUCGACGAGUCUGGCCUUACCAAGCCCAACCUGCUCGGCUGGCAGCUUCUGUACAUCCUUCCUGUUGCCGUUCUGACCAACGACUUCUUCCUUUCGUCCUUCUGGCUGCGAACCUUUGCUUCCAAGACAGACAAGGAUCUCCGAAUUGGAACCACUAUUGCCACAAUUGUUAUCCUGUGUGUUCUUACCCUUGUUGGUUCCACAGGUCUUAUCGCUGUUUGGUCAGGAGCCUUGCCUCUCGCAGACAAAGCCGGUUCUGGUUCGGUUGCGUUCUUCGUCCUUCUCGAGACCCUUCCCAGCUGGGUCGUUGGUAUCGUCCUUGUCAUGGUCGUCACCAUGAGCACAGCUGCCUUUGACAGUCUCCAGUCUGCCAUGGUCUCGUCAGGCUCCAACGAUCUCUUCCGCAACAAGCUCAACAUCUGGUACAUCCGAGCCAUUGUGGUGCUCAUCAUCAUCCCCGUCAUUGCCAUUGCUCUAAAGGCCCCCUCUGUUCUUCAGAUCUGGCUCAUCACCGAUCUCAUCUCUGCGGCCACCAUCCCUGUCCUUGUUAUUGGCCUCGUUGAGAAGUUCUACUGGUGGCGCGGCUUCGAGGUUGUUGUUGGCGGCCUCGGUGGUAUCUUGACCGUCUUUAUCUUUGGCUGUGUCUACUACGGCAACGCCAAAGAGGCUGGAGAACUUCUCCUUGUGCAGAAGGGUCUGUACGGCAACGACUGGAGUGCCUUUGGCGCCUUUGUCGCUGCACCUGUCGGCAGUCUGCUCUGGGGCUGUGGUGCUAUGGUUGUCCGCAUCACUUUCCAGUACGUGCAUGCCAAGGUUCGUGGACAUCGCUUUGAUGCUCUGGACCGUCCCCUGGAUCUUCGUUCCGUCAGCAGGGAGGAUGAUAGCCCCUCUGAGAAUCUUGUGUCUCAGACCGCGGGCAAGUUCUUCUAAGAAAACUUCGAACAGAUGCCGCUGGAUUCUGUUUCAUCAUUGGGGAGUGGCAUUAACUUAUAGUUAUCGGUGCAGUGUUGAUCUCAUGUUUGGGAUAUGUGGCAAAAGUAUGUUUAGUUUGGUUAAAUCGUUUCUUGCUAGUGAAGCUCUGUUGGAGCCUCGAAUGUUACAUCAUUUUUGCGU